CAUCUCACCAACAAGCAGCAGCAUUGAGAACCCUUCCUUCAACUUCACCCUCCCAAAAAUUCUCCCAUCCACAAGCUCCCCAUCGCCAUCUCCAUCCCCUUCCAUUCUCUCCCUCCUAAUUCCCUAACCCUAAUCCCCAAUUCAUUCUCAAUUUUAUUUCUUUGUUUUUUCAUCAUCCUCACUGUAAUCCUUCCCCCAAACGCCAAUGGAAACCCUACCCUCCACCACUCCCACUUCAUCUCCCUCGCCCAUUUCUCAAUUCCAUUAAUUCUGCCAUUUUCCGACCCCAACUUGUUUCCUCCCAUUCCGAGGUGCCUGUUAAUUGAUUCCGGGGGGAUCGGAAGAAAUCAAGCCAGCAUCUCCCAGCCCUAAUUCGCGAAUCGGCAAGUUGGGGGGCCAAAUCGAAUCCGCCAAUCCUUGUGCAGAUGAAGCACAUCGAUGCCAAGUUCAAGAUGGAGAAACCGCCGUACAAUCGGCCGAGGCUGCACCACUCAUUACCUAAGCUCAUCUUCUGGUCCCUCCUUUUCGUAGGACUCAUCUUCCUAUUCUUCUUCCGAUCCCCCAAUACAACGUCGUCUCCUCUCCCAUCCGACCUCUCCCGACGCUCCCUCCGAACCAGCUCCUACGGGGGCCCCAAUUUCGAGAACCGGGUCCGGGACUCCGCUAAAAUCCGGUCCAGCAAUGGCAUUUCCGUACUGGUCACCGGCGCCGCCGGAUUCGUCGGCUGCCACGUGUCUCUCGCCCUCAAAGGCCGUGGCGACGGCGUAGUCGGCCUGGACAACUUUAACGACUACUACGACCAAUCCCUCAAGCGCGCCCGCCAGGCCCUCCUCGACCAGGGCGGCGUCCACGUCGUGGACGGCGAUAUAAAUGACGUCGUAUUGCUGGAGAGGCUCUUCGAGGUCGUCCGUUUCACGCACGUGAUGCACCUGGCCGCCCAGGCCGGGGUGCGCUACGCCAUGGUCAAUCCUGGAUCAUACGUUCGUAGCAACAUCGCCGGAUUUGUUAACCUGCUGGAGGUCUGCAAGAAUGCGAAUCCGCAGCCCGCCAUUGUUUGGGCGUCGAGCAGCUCCGUCUACGGCUUGAACACGAAGGUCCCGUUCUCUGAGAGGGACCGGACCGAUCAGCCGGCGAGUUUGUAUGCAGCUACUAAGAAAGCUGGGGAGGAAAUUGCACACACUUACAAUCACAUAUACGGCCUCUCGCUCACCGGAUUGCGAUUUUUCACGGUCUAUGGCCCCUGGGGUAGGCCGGACAUGGCUUACUUCUUUUUCACUAGGGAUAUUUUGAAAGGAAAGUCAAUCCCGAUCUUUGAGGCGCCUAACCAUGGCACCGUUGCUCGGGAUUUUACUUUCAUUGAGGAUAUAGUGAAUGGAUGUUUGGCAGCAUUGGAUACCUCGGAAAAGAGCACAGGUAGCGGUGGCAAGAAAAAGGGGCCGGCUCAAUUACGUGUGUAUAAUUUGGGGAACACAUCUCCGGUACCGGUAUCGGAACUUGUGAGUAUUCUUGAGAAGUUGCUCAAGGUAAAGGCGAAAAGAUCGGUUCUGAAGUUGCCGAGGAAUGGGGACGUGCAAUUUACGCACGCCAAUAUAAGCUUGGCCCAGAGGGAGCUCGGGUAUAAGCCGAGAACUGAUCUUCGGUCUGGGUUGAAAAAAUUCGUGGAAUGGUACCUAAGUUACUUCGUCGAUGGGAAGAAGAGUGCACAGUGAGAUAUGAUUGUGAGGUUGUAUGGUAGGAUCAUUCUAUUAUUGUUCAUUAUGAUUCUUGCAAAUUGUUAUUUGUUUGGUUAAUCUUAGUUUGAUUCGUUUAUUUAAUAUUUGUAUAUUUUUUUAUGAAAAGCGCGGUGUCCUUGAUUCGACGUUGAAGAAGUGUUUUAUUCUGUUGGGAGGCAUUUAUUGGAUUGGACAAAUUGCGCAUGUCUUGUUGUGGCAAUUGUAAUUUUUUUUGUUGUGUUCUUGUUGUACAAUUACUGACUGAUCGAUCGAAUUAAAUGUUUGAUGUGGGCUCGUAAUUUGAAUCCAAUAGUUCUUGCUACGUAUUCAUCUUUUGUAGUUAUUGCGGCAAUUAAUUGUGGUCUCUGUUUUUACUGAAGCAUUAAAUAAGCUUUUGUUUUUAUAAUCUGAUAAGCUCUUUUGUAUGAUCGAACAAUGCUAUAUGUCGAGUAAGUGUUGCAGCUAAUACUCAGGGCACACGUGGCUACUGAUUUCUUUUGUACAUAGGUGAGAAAGUUUGUCGUUUAGCUGUUGUAUUAUUACUAUAUUCUUUUCAAACAUGGUGACCGGUAGCUUAGUUUGUAUUAUUAUGUAAUAAGAUCUUUGAUUUUGUCUAGAAAUUGAAUUUUAUCCAAUGCUUUUCUUUUGGAUACGAUUGCAACUAACAGCCAGGGAAGCACAUGGAUAUGGAUUUCUGCUAUCGAUCAUUCUUCGAGCUUGAAGAAGCUGGAUUUCUUGUGAAGUUACAGAUGAAUCCUCCUUUUUAUCUCCUAAGAGCAAAAACAAGAACGAGUCAAUUGAUGGGGAGGUAAUUUGGUGAUGUUAUUUGCACAAGGGCUUCUAUUAAGCAUUUCGUAUUUACAAUUUACCCUUUCUUGUUUUUUUGUCGAGGAUAAUAUUGUAACAUGUGCAAGCAAAUUUGACAUAUAAUGACUUUGAUGACUUGAAAUAUGUUGUGCCGUUGUGGUCUAUACUAUAAUUGUGUGGUGGAUACUUGCAGAUUGAUCAAUCGAAACCAAUUGAAGUAUUUGCUUAAACUUGCCAUGUUUAGCUCUGUUUUAGGUAAGAGAUUUUUUGGAUCUUAUCGUCGAGCGCGGAAAGAGCAUCUUGUACCGGGUUGCCAUUUUCUUUUCUGGGUGUAUCUCUCGUUAUGCUUGCUUGGGAUUAAGGAUAUAUUUAGCAAUUUGCUGUUAGUUCGAUUAUUAGGUUUGACUAACCAGAUAUAUUAGCUAUUUGUGCUUGCAAAAUCAA